AUGCAGCUACUCCACGACCACCAGACACUCUUAGCCACAGUUCGGGAUAUAAACGUGAUGAGCAGUGCCAUGGCGACGAAGGAUGCCACGUCGGAUAGCUUCGAGGUGAAAGAAAAGAGGUCGUCAGACGCAUCACUGCUGCUGAUGAACCCGGUAGCGAGCGGAGACAACGUGGCGACCGGGCUGAACUCCACUCACAAGCUGAAGGAUGAACUGCCAUCGCUCGUGCCCUGCUGUGAGGGGAGGGAGUUGCAGAUCAAUGAAGAACUGGUGCGUACGGGUCUGUCGGCGAUCUCUGUGAAGCACGACAACAGCGUGAUCCAAUGUUUGAGCAUGUCACGCGCGUGCGAGAAGAUGCAAGUGCAGCCCGGGCUCGUUAAGCAUCGCAACUCGUUCCGGAGUCUCCACCGGCCGGACCUGAAGCGAGUUCCGUACCUGCGCCGCAUGACUCCGGAUGAACUGGAGACGCUCUUCAGAGGAUACGCUGACAUCCCCGGCUGUCGGUCCAAUAAGAAUGAAAAUCGUGAUGAGGCGAGAAAUACUCCAGAAGAGAAUCACCGAUCGAGGGAACCGAAGAAGGAAGCUAUUGGGCCCGACGAUGGCAAUACAGCAAUCGCUCUCCAUCCGAUCCCAGAGACCCGGUCCGGUGCCGAGGACGUGCCGGCGGGUAUGCGGCUGCACGGCGCGCGGGCCCGCCUCUACACGUCCGUGCUGGCUGGCGCGAAGGCGGGCGACCAGCUAGAUUCGAUACAAACAAACGAAGAAUACGACCACCGUGUCCCUGACGAACCUUUACCAGAAGACGAAGUACAACUGAACGAAGAGCUGCAGAUCAUUCUGCCACCUCGCUGCGAUGACGUCACUGCCGAGUCCUCCACCACCACUACCACCACAAACAACACGGACAUUAGUAUCAGCUGAUAUAACCCACGAAGGGAAAUUACAAUUGACUAAUGACACUAGGCCAAAAGAACAAAUGUAUUGGCCUGAAAAAGCUAUGCAAAAUUUCUCGCCUGGUACAAAAAUCAUGGAGGAAACUGGGCCAAAUAAUGAUGUAUAUUGAUUGGAUGAUGCAUGAA